GCUCAUGUCUUAAUUCGAACCGCGUUGUUCUCCUUGCACCGGUUCGAGAACUUGAUUGCUUUCCUAAUCCCUAAUCCGUAAUCCCCAAUCCCUUGAAUCAAAUAGAAAGGAAGUAGAAGCAGGGCAAAGUUGCCGAAAUUGUGCCCAGCGAUGCGGACGAAAUCAGAUAAUCCUACACCUGGCGCCGCCGCAGCAGCCACUGCGGCUACUGCGUCGUCCGAUCUUGACUCUUUCGACCCUGUUCUUCUUCUCCUCCGCUUCCUCCCCUACAGCUUCCUCCGCCCGCCGCGCACCCGCCUCCGCCUCCCCUCCUCCGUUGUUCUCCCUUCCCCGAUGACCGUGUUCUCACUUCUCCUCCUCACCUACUUCGCCGUCGUCUCAGGCCUCGUAUACGACGUCAUCGUUGAGCCCCCUGGCAUCGGUAGCACUCAGGAUCCGGCCACUGGUACCGUACGGCCGAUAGUCUUCCUCCCUGGCCGCGUCAAUGGGCAGUACAUUAUCGAAGGGCUCUCUUCCGGUUUCAUGUUUCUUCUCGGCGGGUUCGGCCUUAUUUUUAUGGAUCUGGCCGUCGAUCGUCAUCGCGCUCGCAGUACCCGCCUCUCCUUUGCGAUGUUUGGGAUCUCCGCCGUGGUGAUCGCGUAUCUUAUGACCAUGCUUUUUAUCCGCAUUAAGAUCCCAGGAUACCUAUGGUGAGGGGCUUUAAUUUUGGGAUUUAUGCUUUUCUUAUCAUUCAAGAUCUUUAAUUCGGAACUGUUAUUAUUUUUAUGUUUUGUAAUCGGGAAAAAGCCGAUGCAUCACAGACAGUGGUGGUUUUAUCUGCAUCGAAGAUGUAGUGAUACAAUCUGGAUGAGGUUUUUGUUCAGUGCAGUGGUUUUAUGAAUUAUUAGAA